AUGGCUACUGGCUUCCAAGGCCUCCUGAGUCGCGGCCUCCUGAGCGCGUCCUCAAGGUUGGGGAGGAGCUUUGCCACCACGGAAACCCCCUUCCUCUAUCGAUUCAAGGCGAAGCGGCUGAAAUGGAAGAAGCGGCACUACAAUGAAGUGCUCAUCAUGGCCGAUCGUCGGAAGCUCCUGGAAACCUUGCAGGAAGUGAUCGACGCGCCCGGCAAGCAGUUCCCGAAGCCCUUUUGGGAAGUGCUGUCCAAGAGGUGUAUCAAGUCCAUGCAUCUCCUCGAACCACUAGAGCUGGCCAUCGUCGCGCGUGCUUUUGACGUGCAUCAGCCAGAGCUCAGGAAGGACAUGGACGUUUUCCCAUCCCUGGCUGCGCAGGUCCGGGACAGCCGAAGCUUCGUUCCCGGGAUGGCCAUCAUCGCCUUGUCUGAGAUCUUCCCACGCCGCCUGCGCCAUAAGGAGGAGGUCGCCGAGUUGAUGAAGCUCUUCGCCAGGCGCGCUGCUAACUGCAUGUGGGAGAUUCCAGUGGAUGCCGCGGUGUCGCUCAUCGAGGAGCUGGCCGCAUCGGGGGUCAAAGACGCGGCCCUCUGCCGGCGCGUUGCCAAGAAGCUCCAAAUCCGGCUCACCUCCGACCUCUGGGAGCCCAACCUGGGCCUCCUCGGGCAGGCUGCCGCCGCCUUGGCAGCGCAAGAUUUCCGGGACGUGGAGCUCUUCCGCUCCCUCGUGGAGUCCGCUGCACGGUGCCUGGAAGGCUCCGAUGGCUCUGCAGACCGGGCUUCCGGACGUGCCGUGCUGGACAGCCUGGAAGUCUUGAAGCUGGAGUUGCCGGAGGCUGAGCCGCUACGCAAAGCCCUGGAGGUCACCUGA